GGUUGACGUGGAACGCCUCUGUCGCGUGCUUCUGGACAUCGGCUCCAGAAAAGAACAAGCGCAACUCGUCACAAUGCGAACGACACAGAUGGAAAAAAUGGCCGCUAUCCAAGCCGAGCCGGCGAAAGACGUGCCUGUACACGACGGCAUCAAACACACGACAUGCGUCGUUGAAAACCCCAUCGCCUUCCUGAAGCCGGUCGCGGGGCUCAAGCGCGGCGGGACGCUACGCAUUCUGUCUCAGCAGCACUCCACAGUCGGGCGCGACGCGUCGAACGACUUUGUCAUCGAUCACCCGUUCGUAGCUGACGAACAUGCCGUGCUUGGUGCGAAGCAAGAUGGGACGGUCACGUUGCAACCCGCCCGGAACGAGCUGUUGGACACGCCCACCUAUGUCAAUGACAGGCUUGUCGCGCCUGACGAGCGCAUUGUGCUCGAGAGCAGAGACAUGGUCACCCUCGGUGCGAGGGGUUAUGGGCGCCCUGCGACCCAGAAUAUCGACGAUUUUGCUCCAAUCUCAGAAUACGUGUAUGUCGACAAAACGGAGUAUCUUCUGCGUGGCCGCCGUGCGUCUAUCCUGCAUGCAACCUCGCGGGGCCACAGCCACUCGCGUCCACGAGGCGGCUCGUGUGCCACUGGUCCGACGCAGUCGCGGUCAAGAGCGCGUGCAUCUUCGCUCAAGGGGUCGUACAGCCAGCGCGAAAUUCACCACUGACAUGCGGACCAGAUGUACGAUAGGCUAGCGAAUUAAGUAUAUACGAGUAAUGACAGUCAAUUGACAAUGUAGGUUUGGCUUCCGGUUUGGAUGGUGUGGGCCGUGAGAUAACCUAUGCGCAACACACUGCACUUGGGCAUCGAUGGUGGC